AAUCUAGCGUACGUUGUAAUGAAUGUGUCAGUCGCGGCUGAGAGAUAAGUUAACGAUUUUAGAAAUAUUGUAUAUACGUAUUAUUUAUAUAUAAUUUAUUUCCUUGCUUACAUAUUUCUCUUCACAUUUACGAAUAUUGGUUAUGAUGGAUAGGUCGGAUGUUCUUCAGAUAGGCUCGAGUAUCAACAUUAAAAGGACCGAUGGGCGAGUACAUUCUGCCAUUGUGGCAGCGAUCAACGAUGAAACUCGUUGUGCAACGGUGGAAUGGUUCGAACAGGGUGAAACUAAAGGAAAAGAAAUCGACAUGACCGCCAUAGAAUCUCUGAACCCAGAUAUAAUUAUUUUGAAACCCGGUGAAAAAUACGCUACAGAAAGGACGAUCACCCAACAGACAGACUUCAAUAAACUACAAAGGGAAAAAGAUGGUCUUGAUUGGGGCCUUACGUCUAGACCAAGAAUUCAGGAAUCUUCGGCCUCCUCUGAAGAAGAUACCAGCGCUCAUAUGGCCCAGUCCACACGUUCUAAUCAAAAAAUUGAUGAAAGCGAUGACGAUUUUAAUAGUAAUCAGUUUUCGGCAGAAACAACCAACUUAUCGAAUCCUACACGACAGUCAAUACAGAGUCAAAAAAUCAAUAAUGGGGUAUCAAGGUCCGCUCAUCAGUCGCGAUUGACAGUCAUUCCAAAUAACGGACUAACAUUGACUACAAAUGACUCGAUUAUGUCAAAAGAAUCUAAUUUAUCGACGAAUAGAGAGAGAGCAGCAGCUGCAGCAGCAGUAGUAGCGAACUCGCGAAGAAGUAAUGUGGUGAAGGAAGUAGAGAAACUAAAGAAAAAUAGAGAGGAACGACGACAGAGGCAAGCAGAGGAAAAGGCUGAGAAAGAAGCGUUCCUUCAAAUGGCUCCUGGUAAUCCACAUUGGGAGCUGCUAAACAUGAUAAUGGAAUAUCGGCGUGGUUUAGAUAUUAAACCGCUGUCCGAAAACGAUGCUAUCGAAGACCACCUGAUCACAGUGUGUGUGAGGAAAAGACCUCUCAACAAGAAGGAAGUAGCCAGAAAGGAAGUAGAUGUGAUAUCAAUCCCCAGUAAAAACCAAUUAAUCGUACAUGAACCAAAAAACAAAGUCGAUCUAACGAGAUAUUUAGAGAAUCAACUGUUCCGAUUCGAUUAUGCUUUCGACGAAACAUGUUCAAACGAACUAGUCUACAGGUACACUGCACAACCGUUGAUAAAAACCAUAUUCGAAGGUGGUUUCGCCACUUGUUUCGCCUACGGCCAGACCGGAUCAGGGAAAACGCACACCAUGGGCGGCGAUUUCAACGGCAAAGUCCAAGAUUGCCAGAAGGGCAUUUACGCGAUGGCAGCCAGCGACGUAUUCAGAUUGGCGAACUCGCCGAAAUAUCGAAACAUGAACCUUGUCAUAUCCUCCAGCUUCUUCGAAAUCUAUUCUGGCAAAGUGUUCGAUCUCUUGAACAAUAAGGCCAAGUUGAGGAUAUUGGAAGAUGGGAAACAGCAAGUGCAAGUUGUGGGCCUCACGGAAAUUGUCGUCAACAACACCGAGGAGGUUCUGAAGCUUAUCCAGAAGGGUAACCAGGCCAGGACGUCCGGACAGACGUUCGCCAAUUCGAAUUCUUCAAGGUCGCACGCCGUUUUCCAAAUCGUCCUGAGGACGGAUAACAAUAUGUCGAAGGUCUUUGGGAAGUUUUCCCUUAUAGAUUUGGCGGGCAAUGAGCGGGGGGCGGACACUUCGUCAGCGAACAGGCAAACCAGAAUGGAGGGCGCCGAGAUCAAUAAGUCCCUGCUCGCGCUCAAAGAGUGCAUCCGCGCGUUGGGACGCAAGGGCGCGCACCUGCCGUUCAGAGUGAGCAAGCUGACGCAGGUGCUGCGCGACUCGUUCGUCGGCACGACGUCGCGCACGUGCAUGAUAGCGAUGAUCUCGCCGGGCGUCGGCUCGUGCGAGCACAGCCUUAACACGCUCAGGUACGCGGACAGGGUGAAGGAGUUGGGCGGCGGCGAUCUGCAGACGACGGCGGGCUCGGAGAACGACGAGGCGGGGGACCUGAUGCAGCUGAGGUCGUUGAAUGAAAACGAUAUAACUCCUGAAAUGCUCAAUCUGCAUCAAUUCAUAUCUGAAUUAGAAAUAGCCGAAGAAAAUAUGCUUGAUAAACAGAAGCAGAUCAUAGAAGAAAUGCAGAUUGCCCAGCAGAAAGCCGUUGAACUUUUACGAAUAUCCGAAACUGUGGAUUAUGACCAAGAAGCUUACUGCAGAAGUUGGGAAGAGUUGAUAGACAAUUCCCUGGCAUUUUUAGUGCAUGCUAAAGACAUUGUCGAAGAUUACAAGGCAAAGCUGGCAGCUGAGGAACAACUAAGUCGCAAAACCACAAAACGAAAGUAAUUAUUUAGAUGAUUAUAUUAUGAAUCUUGUAUUUGUGUUAGUGAUUAUGUCAUUGAUUCAUUGCCGGUGCGGAUAUUCUGAUGAGUUUCUACAGCGUGUCCACGUUAAGAACUUAAUGCCCCUGGUGAAAUCUCUCUUUAUUGAUUUGAUAACUUUGUAUUUAGAUUGGUAUGCAGAGCAACCAGUCGUCAAUUUCCUUUUUGGCUGUUAUCAAGAUUUGAAAAGUGAUAUUAUGGAUUUUUUUAUAGAAACUAUCAAAGGAUUCUCAUCUGAAACAUACCCGUAAGUGCCGAUUUCCUGGUAUGUUUCAACUGAUCCUAAAUUUAUUAGUUCAAUUCUGUGCAAAAGUACCUAGUAAUUUUUUGAAUUUGGGUUCAUGAAAGUGGUCAUAUUUGGCCCUGAUUACCUGAUUACCUAGGUAAAAAAUCGAUACAAAAUGAAGAUUUCAUUGGAGUGGCAAGUUCUUGAGAGGGUACACUGUAUCUAACGAAAGUUUUUUCAUUCUGAUUGGUUUCAUAGCUGGGCUAAUGAAGAUAUAGUUGUUCUGAUGUUUGAACAAAGACCCAUUUUUGGAUUCAUCAGAAUAUCGCCGCUGACCGAUCACUCAUGUAUACUAAACAUUUUUUAAUGAGUUUUGUUAUUUAUUACUUUUUAUACUUGCAAUUAUUAAUUUAUUCAGGCCUCCGAGGAUAGGUGUGAUGGCCGUAACAUUACGCUUUUUAAAAACUAACGGAAUGACAUUCCCUCUGAAUGGAAACAUCGUGUCGGUUGCCCGCAUUUUCUUCUUUUAAGUGGAUCAUAUUUUAACCUCGAAAAAGUCGACAUUAGGCUGUGCUAUUCUUUACAACAAAUGCAGGCAAUACUUUCGUUGCGAAAACGAUCUGAAAUUAUUUACCGUUAAUUUGAAAGUGGACGAUGGAGGAGACAAAACUCAUAUUAUUUCACUCUCAUACAUCAAGACCGAUUUAUGUGUAGCUACUUUCAAAUAAGGACCUUAACUGUCCAACUUUGAAGGGUACUAUUCGGUGUGAAGCAUUUUUUUGACUUUUCCAUAUUGCUUGAGCUACAGAGGAAUUCGUCUUGAGUGGAUUUAGUAUGAGGAAAAUGGAAACGGCUGUUCAAAAAAUGUUAUGGCUAGAUAUAGUCUGAGUAAGUCUUCAGUAGCGGAAUUUUCUGUAAGACAUGUAUGACUGAGUUGUUUGUUGAACAGCACUGUAUGUACGUUAUUUUGGAGCUUUACGUGAACUCUCCGAGAUCAAAUUGGAUGAAUACUUGGUGCAUAUGAGGCCUUCUUUUAAGAUUGUUUGUGAUGUGUAUAUUAUUUUUAAUUACAAAACUGGUUUCUUUUUUUUUAGAGUAUGUUCCUGUUUAUAAAAAUGUGUUCCUAAAAAAAGAUGGAGCCUAUUUAUUUUGAAUGAAAGAUAUUCUUUCGAAUUCGUAACUCCAGAAUUAUUAUAUUUUGUGAUUGAUGUUUAUACCAACCUUUUUUAGGAACAUGUGUGAUGCUUUACCAGCGUUUUAAAGCGCUAACCUUUACCAUUCUUAUAUCAACCUUUAUUAUUAUGCUAUAAAAUAUAUUUAAAAAUUCAAAGUUCGAUAAAACUAAAGUUUGUACUCAAGUGUGAAAUGCAUCCGUCUUAAAUUUGCAACAUGUUUAUAUAACAGGCUUGAAUCAGAGUUCAUUAUAAUAACUGAAGUAAAGAACAGCAUUGUUAUUUUCACAUCACAUUUCCAGAACAUAUUAGUUGAAUUUAAAAUUUAGUGUCUUCACAGAUUGUGCAGUAUUGAUUCCUUGGUAUUCCAAUUGCUCAAAAUUCUUCACUUUACUUUUUCAGAAGGUUUUGUCCUGACGGCUCAUUAUCCUGAUUAUAGAGCCAGUUGGUUUCCACUUUUCAAAAGUGCAUCAUACCAAUGGAUGAAAAAUCAGCUUGUUGUAGAUUUAAUUUUUGUUAGAUAUGGAAAAUGCCAAAUAAAUAUAUCAUG